UCUUAUACUAAUAAAUAUGACAUGAACGUAUUAACAGCUUGGGAAAGCUGUGUAAACGGUACUGGCGUGACCGUGGGUGUAGUAGACAAUGGUAUACAGGACCACGCUGACCUUAAUAUUGAUAGGAAUCUGGAUGCUGGUUAUACAAACAAAAGUAAACAAGGGAAUCCAACUCGGUCACGACAGUCAUUUUGGACUAGACCAAUGUCUGCUGCUACACGGAGAAGACAACAUCAAGCAUCACUUAAACAUGGCACACGAGUAGCCGGCAUUGUGGCAGCAAAGAAGAAUGGCCAGGGCACUAUUGGAAUUGCAUUUGGAGCUACACUUGUUGAUGUAAGAAUAGCAUCAACCUCUGUUAUUAAGACAUUCAAUGCGAGUCUGCUGAAACAUAAAUCUGAUGUAAUAGAUGUAUACAGCUGUAAUUUGGCCAAUUUCCAUACUGGGAAAAAAACAUAUCCGUUGACAGCAAAUCAAGAAAAAGCUUUCCAAGAAGGAACAACUUAUGGUAGGCAAGGUCGUGGUUCUGUGUAUGUUUCUACUACAGGAAAUAGUGGUGCAAAGAGAAAGAACCUUUUCCGUGAUAGCUGUGCUUAUGACAGAUUAGUAACCAAUAGAUACGUUAUUUCAGUGGCAGGUAUUCAGCACAAUCUUAGAAAAGUUCCUAACGGAAAAGCUUGCAGUGCUAUGAUGGUUGCAGCUUUUACCACAAAACCAGGUGUAAAGAAAAAUCCUAGAGUUAAAGUGAUAACAACAACAGAUAUUGUCAACAAAACGACAAGGCAUUUUAACCAGAAUUCCGCAGCAGCACCUAUGGUAUCCGGUGCAGUAGCUCUUGCUCUAAGUGCAAAUUCAUUUUUAACAUAUCGGGACAUUAUGCAUUUGCUGGUAAACACUGCAAGAAGUGAUCUCGUAAACAAUAAAAACAAAAACAAGUUCCUUACAAAUGCUGCUGGAUUUAACGUAUCAUCAUACUUUGGAUUUGGUUUACUUGAUAUUGGCGCCCUCGUCGAAAGAAGUAAAACCUGGGAACUAGUACCUGACAGACAAAGUUGUCAUUCAACAGAAGUUGUUGACAAUCCAAUGAGCGACGACGACAAUUAUUUGGUGGUUAAGGUCAGUGGAUGCAAUGUUACUUAUGUAGAACAUGUUGAAGUAUCAUUAAUUGUCACCCAUCAACAUGUAGGACAUAUACAGUGGACUCUGGUAUCGCCGAAUAGAACAAAAUCAAUUAUCCUUCCGGGCAGAUUUCUCGAUCAGACGACAACAAUGAACUUAACUGUUUUAACCGUUCAAAUGUGGGGAGAAAAUCCUGAAGGAUACUGGAAAUUAAAACCCAAACCUAUGUUUGGUAAAACUCUAAAUAAAGGUACUGUAAGAUCAGUGAAACUUUUGAUUCAUGGAUAUAAUUGUGGAAAUAAAUGCAAAUUACAACCUGCACAACAAGAUUUGGUAAAUUGGAAAAAAUGGUCCCGAUUGUCAGAGUGUACAGUCUCAUGUGGAAAUAAAACAAGAAGUAGACAUUGUAACGACAACAAUAAUCAAAAAUAUUGUUCUGGCAAAAAUUUUGAGACAGUCCCAUGCGACCAAAGUGAAUGUAAAGAUAAAGAAAUAUCUGAAGUUCAAUCUGGCGAAUGUCCAUUGCCAUCUCUAUUAAUAAGCAGAUGUGUAGAACAAUGUUCGGAUGACAGUGAUUGUUCUGUAAAACAAAAAUGUUGUAACAAUGGAUGUGGGCAUACAUGUGAGACGUCAUUAGCAAACAUAUGGAGUGAUUGGUCACAAUGGUCACAAUGCACCGUUACUUGUGGAUCUGGCAACAGUGUACGUCAAAGACAAUGCAGCACUGGUACAUGUAGUGGUGAUACUAGUCAAACAGAUCAAUGUUUCACUAAGUGUCCACCAAACAACAUCUGGGGCGAAUGGUCACAAUGGUCCGAAUGCGUUCGUGAAAGACAAUGCACUGGUACAUGUAGUGGUACUAGAUGUGAAAUAAAGAACAACUGUUCCCCUAAUUGUUCAGCUGACAGAAGACGGUUCAAAAGGUCAUUAGGUAUAGUUGAGUGCAACGGAGAACGCCCAAAAGUUGUCUUCGGUAUUGAUAUCGGGGAAUCAUGUAACUAUCUCAAGAUGUGUGGACGCAGUAUUGAAUAUGUAAAUGGAUUGGCAGUACUAGCUGAUUGUUGCAAUGUGCAGAUUACGUCGCCGCGUGUUUAUCAGUGCAUUUGCUGUCCCUGGGCGUCAGUCAUCAAUCUGAGUGGAACAGAAUGCCAUUGUACAAAACUUAGUUACGUUAGACAGUAAACGAUAUAUGUGGAAGAAUGUGUACAUAUACAAAAACGGAACGAUACAAUGUAAACGACUUGAUAAAGUUAUUUGGGUGAAAUGACAGAUACAAAUACAUGUAUAACUAUAUUAAGUAAAUGAUGUUAUGGUAUGAACUUAAAAACUAAAUAUGAGAAUGUUUCAACAA